GAAAACUUCCAAAAUAAAGGCAAACCGGUUUUCGAAUUAUCUGACAGAUAUGGCGCGGCAACACGACUCGUUUGGAUAAAAUAUCAACAACAUGGAUCAUCGACUCAUUCACAAGAAUAUAUCUAAGGAAAUUUACUUAUGAAGCACACAAUAACGUUCGAACUAAUUAUACAUCAUAAGAUGUGCCGUGGUCAGUCAGAUAUCCGUAAAAGAUCCGCUAUGCGCAUGAAUAUGAACAAUCACUGAGAUACGUGCAAUCCCAGAAGCAAAAAUGUCUAGAAACAACUCAUUUCCUCCUAUCGAAAAGCGUUCGAGCAAACUAACAGCAAGCGAUCUAUCCGGGGAAAUGACCAUUGACCAGUUCUUGGCGAAGUACUCCCAGCUUUCGGCAACCAAAAAGGAAGAGCCCUACGUGAGCAGGACGCCGUCUCCGAUGGCGGCUGCGAGGGUCGCCAGUAAUCUUCGGCGCACGUCCAUUCGGCGGCUUCACUCGAGCAAGGCCGGCGUCCGCGCGGGUCAGUCGCCCGAGGACGGGGCUCGGGGCGGAGCGGAGGGCGGGAGCGACCGGCCGCUCAGCCGCUCCGAGCAGGCUCUCCUGCUGACAGAGCGCAGCGCCGUGCUGCUCGACCUGCCGUCGGCCAACGGCAGCGACGAGAACAUGUCAAACGGCGACUCGGCCCGCUCCACAGACCGCAGCGGCUGGCACGCCACCAAGUACCAGCAGUCGCCCAGCCCCGACAACCGGCGCGGCGACAAGCCGCCGCCGCCGCGCCGCAAGAGCCUGCUGGAGCGCUGGGAGGAGGUUCAGGCGUCGCGGCCCCGUCCGCUAUCAGGCGAGAGCACGGACUCGCAGUUCGAGGACGACGCCUACCCGUACCGCCCGCGGAUCAACACGCGCGGCAGCAGCCAGGAGACGGGCUUCGAACCGACACCUGGCGACGAGGCGGCACAGCGACCGCCCAGCGGGGUCGACUCGCUGGCCACGCCUCGCUCGGCGCCGCGGCCGCUGUCCAGUAGCAGCACCGGAGCCUCGUCAGCCCGCAGCGAGCCCUCUGACCGGGCGGCACAGUCUCCGGCCGUGCCGCCUGGACACUCGCUAUUCGACAGCGGCAACGUCGAAACCAUUGAUGACGUCAUUGAUUCUUUACUAACGUCACGGUCCACGCAGGUGUCACGAUCACGACACAAGGCACGUGACCGAGAGGCCGACUUCAACUGGGACCAGGUGGAUCGCUCCUCCCACCCUGUAAUAGAGACGGUGCGAUUCCCGGAGCCCAUCAAAGCCACCUCUCCUCCUGCGGUGAAUGAGUACGAGCGGUACGGGGUCGGUCGGCCGCGGCCUGCCACCUCAGCCACUGAGGUGCUGGAGCGACUCUCUCAGGUGAUGUCCACACAGCGUGUCCACCGCGGCGGCGCCACACCGGGCCGGGAGGAGGAGCAUCGGCCGGCUGAGGUCGGGGAGGAACGAGAGGAGACCGUCAGCCAGCGGCCGCCGUCGGGCCGCGCUCCUGCCGUGCUCCGUUCGCCGCGGGCCCGGCCGGCGGUACACCGCGCGCCGGAGGCCACGCCGCUGGUACCCACCAGCCCCGGCCGCCGGGGCCACCAGCCGGUCACGGCGGCCGUCGGCUGGCACGGCACAGGGCCUCCCAAACCACCUCGGCUGGCCGAUCGGCGGUGGUCGGGCCCGCCCGCUGUGGGCGCCGAGCGCCGCUCCGAGGAGCCCGUGCUGCCCUCCUGGCUGGAGCCCGGCGGAGCGGCCUCGGAUGACGAGGACGGCCGGCGCACUGCCGUGUUUGAGCUGGAACCGGACGGAGCGGACGGCGGCGGCCCGUCGGCCGUCAUCCGGACGUCGUCACCCGACCUGGACCGGCCACCGCGGGAGGCCUUCUGUGCCGUGUCGCCCAACUGGACGGCGCCCCGGAGCAGGACCUCUGGUAACGAGUCAGACGGCCUGGUGGACCCCACGCUCACACAGCGGCUGCUGUGGCGUCAGAUCCUGCGCUGGACGGCCGUCACCACGUCUGUGCUCGUCGCCGCCGCAGCCGUCACCCUCUUAGUGUUUCUGCUACUGUGACCAUCCUGUCCUUCCGGUGGACCCGCCAAAACUGCCACUGACGUGCAUGUACCACCUCUUGGUGAGAACUGAAAAUACGAGAGGCGGACGGACGGAAGGACAGGUAGAUGGAAAGCAGGGGAUCCACUCAGACGAGAGGAAACCAGCUAAGAACUACCCCAUGGAGAAGCCAGUGGUGAUAGCUACUCCUCAAGCUCUUUUCUGUGUUGAUCUAAUUAUCGCUGUGGUCCACAGUAGGUCAUACAAUUGUCGUAGCACCCCGCACAAUGAUGCUGAUGGACUGGAUGUGAUGGUUCUGCGUGUGCAGUGUGUCACGGAUAGAGUAGCUUCUCGAACCAGUACCAUCCGUUCGGUGCGCCAGGUACGACGAUGGAAAGAUGUUUCGGCUGAACUGUCUGUGGCUUAUGCGUGAUUUGGUGCGAUGUGCGGGUAAAGGUAGGUACCGAGAUGAAUCGCCAGCACAGGGUAUCAGUCGAUCUGGAAAUGUCGAUAUGUGAUUUGUCAACAUCGACAAGAGAAGUGAUAAGCAGCCCAGGCAAAGAGCGGCGAACCGGUUAAAUAUAAAAUAGACUGUAUUACACAGCACCACCCAGCACGCGGCUAAACAAUCCGGCAUAAGGCGUCUACCAACGAGUACAUAUAUCGAUGAGUGCGCUCCGACAUUGGCAUAUGUGAAUCAUUUGUAAAUAAAGCAGCACGUCUUAA